AUGAACCGCAACUUCAGUAACAUCAGUUUAAACGAAGAUUCCACUGCGUUCAGCAACUGCAACCGCUCCGGCGAGUUCCCGACGACGUCGCUACAGAGCAAGCGGCUGAUUCUCGCGUGCGCGACUGAAAAAUCCGACGAUCUGAUUCAACAACUGGUGUCCGAUCUGGAAUCCGAUUCGAUGAAAACAAGCGGCGAUGAGUUACGAUUGCUCGCGAAGAACAAACCAGAGAAUCGAGUUAAAAUAGCGAAAUCCGGAGCGAUUAAACCGUUGAUUUCACUGAUUUCGUGUUCAGAUCCUGAACUACAAGAGCACGGUGUAACAGCGAUAUUGAAUUUAUCGUUGUGUUAUGAGAAUAAAGAGUUGUUAGCUUCUUCCGGUGCAAUCCGGCUGUUAGUGAUAUGUUAA